GCGUAGCCGGCUAGGUGAAUUCCAGCCCCCGGGCCGGCAGCCGGAGCGCGUGGCCGGGGCGCCGGCUCCAUGGGCAGCGGUGCUGGGCGGCAGGAUGAUGGACGUUAACAGCAGCGGCCGCCCCGACCUCUACGGCCACCUCCGCUCGCUCAUCCUGCCGGAGGUGGCGCGCGGGCUGCAGGACCUGAGCCCCGACGGAGGCGCCGACGCGGUGGCGAGCUCCUGGACGCCGCACCUGCUGAGCGGCGUCCCAGAGGUGACGGCCAGCCCCGCGCCCACCUGGGACGCGCCCCCGGACAACGUCUCCGGCUGCGGGGAGCAGAUCAACUACGGCAGAGCGGAGAAAGUUGUGAUCGGCUCCAUCCUGACACUCAUCACGCUGCUGACGAUCGCGGGCAACUGCCUGGUGGUGAUCUCCGUGUGCUUCGUCAAGAAGCUCCGCCAGCCCUCCAACUACCUGAUCGUGUCCCUGGCGCUGGCUGACCUCUCGGUGGCCGUGGCGGUCAUGCCGUUCGUCAGCGUCACAGACCUCAUCGGGGGCAAGUGGAUCUUUGGUCACUUCUUCUGCAACGUCUUCAUCGCCAUGGACGUCAUGUGCUGCACGGCCUCGAUCAUGACCCUGUGCGUGAUCAGCAUCGACAGGUACCUUGGGAUCACCAGGCCCCUCACGUAUCCGGUGAGGCAGAAUGGGAAAUGCAUGGCAAAAAUGAUUCUGUCUGUUUGGCUUCUGUCCGCUUCCAUCACCUUACCCCCGCUCUUUGGAUGGGCCCAGAAUGUGAACGACGACAAGGUGUGCUUGAUCAGCCAGGAUUUCGGCUACACCAUCUACUCCACAGCAGUGGCAUUUUACAUCCCCAUGUCGGUCAUGCUGUUCAUGUACUAUCAGAUUUACAAGGCUGCGAGGAAGAGCGCGGCCAAGCACAAGUUCCCGGGCUUCCCCCGCGUGCAGCCCGACAGUGUCAUCUCCCUGAACGGCGUGGUGAAGCUCCAGAAGGAGGUGGAAGAGUGUGCAAACCUUUCGAGACUCCUCAAACACGAGAGGAAAAACAUCUCCAUCUUUAAGAGGGAACAGAAAGCAGCCACCACCCUGGGGAUCAUAGUGGGGGCCUUCACCGUGUGCUGGCUGCCGUUUUUCCUCCUCUCGACAGCCAGGCCCUUCAUCUGCGGCACAGCCUGCAGCUGCAUCCCGCUGUGGGUGGAGAGGACAUGUCUGUGGCUGGGCUAUGCGAACUCUCUCAUUAACCCUUUUAUAUAUGCCUUCUUCAACCGGGACCUGAGGACCACCUACCGCAGCCUGCUCCAGUGCCAAUACCGGAAUAUCAACCGGAAGCUAUCGGCCGCAGGCAUGCACGAGGCCCUGAAACUUGCCGAGAGGCCGGAGAGAGCCGAGUUUGUGCUACAAAGCUCUGACUACUGUAGAAAGAAAGGUCAUGAUUCAUGAUCCAGAGCAAAAUCAUGGAGAUGAAAUAACACAGAGCAGGUGGAAACCGAACGAAAUCAUUUGCUGAGACUGCAAAACGGAACGUCUUCUUGACAUAGCUGAAAUGUAACAGAGGGUGGUCUGUUGUACAAAGUCUAUUAUGGGGGAGAUGGUGACCUCUCCUUUAUUUCUUUUUUACUGUGGAUCAGUGCCAUUGCGUGCAAAUGAAAAUAGUUCUCAGUGUCAGGCAGAUCAUCUCAGUGGUAAGCACACUAACAGAGCUGGGUUCUGGGAGGGAAGCAGUUUCUGGUGCUUUACACAAGUCCACAUCCAUGUGAGUGGGAGAAAGUUCCAACACACAUGUCCCAUGCUUCCAAGUCUAGACAUUGUGGUGAACAUUCAAGAGUCAUUCAUGAGACAGAAUAUAUUUUGUGGUAUGGCAGAAGGGUGUCUUUCCAAGCAAACUGUGGUAAGCAUAGUGUCGAAUGUGUUGCAUGUCCAUGUUAAAAAACAGAACCCAGUCAUCAGCUAAAAAUGAUUUUCCAGAGCAGUGUUUGUUCAAAGCUUCUGUCCAAUAGUUUGGCUUUUCCCCAGGGUCCCUGUGACUUCCUACCAGUGUACUUUCUCCGUUACACCCAUAAUUGUUACGGUAUAACUCAGGAACUGAUCUCAGGAUGGAGAGAGGCAGAAAAAUCAAAUAAAGCUUUUUCUUGCACUCAUACUUCCGAGGGCUCCUGAGAGGGAGGAGGAUUUCUUCUGUGAGAAUUGUAACUAGAUUGUAACUGUGAGUGCCACCUAACUGCACUGUAUAUUCACAUGACUAUUGGCCUGUUGUUUCCUCUCACUUGAUAUAAGGUGCAGUGAGCUCUGGGGCUUGUCCAUGACUGACUUAUGAGGGAGGAGUGUGGCAAUGACAGUGUUUCCAUGAGUGGUUGUGGUGCUUUUGGAGACAACGUAAGCAUGUUCAUUCAACCAGACUGUGAAUUGGAGGUCACCAGGACCACUGUUGUGAAUACUCCAGAACACUAUUCUGUUUCAUGUAGAGAAUUUGUCUCCAUGUUCUCUGUAUCUUAAAUCAAAUGUGUGCCUGAUGAAUUCUGUCCUCUAAAGCUUCUCCCCCCAGUAAAAAACGGUCAGUGUUAAGGGCAGUAAGGAAACAGAAAGGGUUCCUUUGUGGAUAGUUAUUUUUUUUUAAAAAAUGGUACUCUGUAUUAGACCAGGGCUAAGGCGAUGGAAAGAUUGUAGCUCAGAAAAGAAGAGUACCCAUGAUUGUCAGGGGAAAACAAGGCAAAGCUUCAUUUGACAAAAAAAGAACUGAAAGAGAAUAUUAUUUUCGUACAAUAAAGGAGGCUGUCCUCUCGCAGGAUAAUGUGGAGUUCCAGCAUGGAUUAUGGACUUCUUCCAACUGUCAGUGACAUUGUUUAUUAUCAAACACAGGGAAGGGCCCCUUUCCUGUCAAGGGGAGAUGAGCCCUGUCCUUUCAGACAAAGCUUGUACAAAUUCCUGAGCCGCAGAUUUGCUAAA